GGAAGUAAAGAAAAAAUGUGGUCCGACACUUUUUUAAUUGUAUUUAUAUCAAUAUGCACGGCAUUUUUGGGGGAAGGACUUACAUGGGUGCUGGUCUACCGCACCGAGAAGUACCAGCGGCUAAAGACAGAAGUAGACAAACAGAGCAAGAAGUUGGAACGACGUAAGGAGACACACGGCGACUCUUUGGAUAAAUCGGUAAAGAAGAAACUUGAACGUUACGAGGAGAAGUUGAAGAAUAACAAUCGCGACUUAUCGCUGGUGAAAAUGAAGUCCAUGUUUGCAACUGGAUUUGCAUUCACCGCCUUGUUGAGCAUGUUCAAUAGCAUUUUCGAUGGUCGUGUUGUGGCCCAAUUGCCGUUUACUCCCAUCUCCUGGAUUCAGGGCCUGAGCCAUCGCAAUUUGUCGGGUGAUGACUACACUGACUGUUCCUUCAUCUUCCUCUAUAUCCUCUGCACCAUGUCCAUCCGUCAAAAUAUUCAAAAACUGUUGGGCUUUGCACCGUCGAGAGCGGCUAGCAAGCAAGGUGGUGGCCUCUUUGGCCCGGCGCCAGGUCAAUUUAAAUAGUUCGACUUUUUGUUUAUUGAUUUUUUCCUAGCUAAAUUUUGGAUUGGAUUUUUCUU